AUGGACUCUGAAGAGGACUUUAUGUCUGCCGUCUCUAGCGAGGAUGAGCUCAUGAAUGACGACAGUGGAGACGACGUGUCGGGGCCUGAUGACUUUGACGAUGGCGACUUUGACGAACCCGAUCCCGACUUCGGCAUUAAGGACAUUGAACCUGCCAGGAGGCAGGCACACGUUGUGCCCUUCAAGGUCUACGAGCCGUCCGACAUCCAGUAUCAGCAGGACGAGAUGAUCAACGAGGUCAACAUGAUACUCGACAUACGCAAGGAGGAUGCCGCCAUCCUGCUCCGGUACUUUCGAUGGAACAAAGAAAGGCUGCUCGAGGACUAUAUGGACCGUCCUGAGCGCGUGCUGGAGGCGGCUGGACUCGGCAGCACGACGACGAAGCCGCCGCAGCUGGAGCAGAUUCCCGGCUUCGUGUGCGACAUUUGCUGCGAAGACGGCGAGGACUUGAAGACGUUCGCCAUGAAGUGCGGGCACCGAUACUGCGUCGACUGCUACAGGCAAUAUCUGCAGCAGAAGAUCCGAUCCGAGGGGGAGGCGGCUAGAAUACAGUGCCCGUCGGAUGGCUGCGGGCGCAUCCUGGACUCGCGGUCCCUCGACCUGCUGGUGACGGCAGACUUGGUGGAUAGGUAUCACGAGUUGCUGAACCGGACGUACGUCGAGGACAAGGAUGUCUUCAAGUGGUGCCCCGCACCGGACUGCCCCAAUGCUGUCGAGUGCGGGGUCAAGAGCACGAGCUUGGGCAAGGUGGUGCCGACGGUCGAGUGCCGGUGCGGGGAGCGGUUCUGUUUCGGAUGCCCGAACUCGGAUCAUCAGCCGGCGCCGUGCGAGCUGGUGAAGAGGUGGCUGCGCAAGUGCGCCGACGAUUCGGAGACAGCCAACUGGAUAUCGGCAAACACAAAGGAGUGUCCCCGGUGCCAGUCGACGAUAGAGAAGAACGGCGGGUGUAACCACAUGACAUGCCGCAAGUGCAAGCACGAGUUCUGCUGGAUGUGCAUGGGCCUGUGGUCGGAACACGGCACGAGCUGGUACAACUGCAACCGGUACGAGGAGAAGAGCGGGUCCGAGGCGCGCGACGCCCAGGCCAAGUCUCGCACGUCGCUGGAGCGCUACCUGCACUACUACAACCGGUACGCCAACCACGAACAGUCGGCUCGGCUAGACCGCGACAUUGCGCAGAAGACGGAGCGCAAGAUGAUGCAGCUCCAGACGGCCUCGGGCAUGUCCUGGAUAGAGGUACAGUACCUGUCGUCGGCCUCGCUGUCGCUCCAGACCUGCCGCCAGACGCUCAAGUGGACCUACGCCUUCGCCUACUUCCUGGCGCGCAACAACCUGACCGAGAUCUUUGAGGACAACCAGAAAGACCUCGAGAUGGCCGUCGAAAACCUGUCGGAGAUGUUCGAGAAGCCCAUUGCCGAGCUGUCCAAUCCGACUCUCAAGGUGGACAUAAUGGACAAGACGUCAUAUUGCAACAAGCGGCGACUGAUUUUGUUGGAUGACACGGCAACGAAUCUAGCUCAAGGUAAAUGGGCAUUCAACGAAGACUUUACCACCAAGACUCGUUGA